CGGUGGUUGAUUUGUGUUGCCUGGGAGGAUUGCAGAUUGUUGUGGCUCCGCCCUCGAUUAUUCAGCCUGGUCGACGUGCGGUUGCUGCGCAGCGUGUGAAGGCAGAAGAGUCCGGCUGUGAGCGGAGGGACACCAGAGGAGCUCAGACAGAAAAAAAAAAAAAAAAAAAAAAGGAAAAAAAACGCUCGAUCCUGCUGCACGCGCUGCAACAUCUGGAUGAAAACAACCGCUGCUUAUUCUCAGGGUUGACUGAGGAGGAGAAGGAGGAGGAGAAGGAGGAGGAGGACAGGGAGGACCGAACCGAGGAGGGCUUUCUGAGCUGCGUUGAUUUUCUGGCGCUGUUAGAAGUUUGUGCGCGGAGUUUGUAGUUGGUAGUAGUGGCUUCGGGUUAAGGGUCGCUGCCUCUCCGUCCUGCUCUCCUGCCUCCAGCUGCGCGGCGAACCAUGGCGCUCCGAGCCAGGGCGCUGUACGACUUCAACUCCGAGAACCCCGGCGAGGUGUCGGUGAAGGAGAACGAGAUCGUAACUUUGUACAGCGAGCAGGACAUCGAGGGCUGGCUGGAAGGGACGAACAGCCGGGGGGAGAGGGGACUGUUCCCCGCGUCGUACGUGGAGGUCCUGCGGAACGACGCCGCCUCCACGUUCAACAACAACAGCUGCGCCACAUCUGGGGACUCCCGAUACGCCAACGUCCCGCCCGGAGGGUUCGACGGCUCGAUCAAGCCGAAAGUUGAAAACUUUGCGAAGCCGUCGGCCCCCGUUUUCGCCAAUUUCUCAGCCCCGCCGCCGCAGCAGCAGCCCCUUCCUCCGCCCGUGCAGCAGAACGCGUACCAGCAUCACAGCCAAGGCAGCGAUGAUGACUGGGAUGAUGAUUGGGAUGACAGCUCCACAGUGGCCGAUGAGCCAGGGACCGUGGGAGGGAGGUACCAUGACUUUGAAGGCAACGGGCCCUCCACUUACAGGGUGUCCACAUCAAUGCCAAGAGGCGGUGCACAGCAAGCAAAGAGUUCCGCUACGGUCAGUCGGAACCUGAACAGGUUUUCAACCUUUGUCAAGUCAGGAGGGGAGGCGUUUGUGCUCGGGGAGGCUUCGGGAUUUGUCAAGGAUGGGGAUAAGAUCUGCGUGGUGAUGGGUCAGCACGGUCCAGAGUGGCAGGAGAACCCCUACCCGUUCUCCUGCACAAUAGACGACCCCACCAAACAGACGAAGUUCAAGGGCAUGAAGAGCUACAUCUCCUACAAGCUGACCCCGACUCACACACAGACCCAGGUCAACCGGAGGUACAAGCACUUCGACUGGCUCUACGCCCGCCUGGUGGAGAAGUUCCCCGUCAUCUCGGUGCCGCACAUCCCGGAGAAGCAGGCCACGGGGCGCUUCGAGGAGGACUUCAUCUCCAAGAGGAGGAAAGGCCUCAUAUGGUGGAUGAACCACAUGACCAGCCACCCGGUCCUGGCCAGGUGCGACGUCUUCCAGCACUUCCUCACCUGCAGCAGCACGGACGAGAAGGCCUGGAAGCAGGGGAAGAGGAAGGCGGAGAAGGACGAGAUGGUCGGGGCCAACUUUUUCCUCACCAUCAGCACCCCGCCGGCCCCCCUCGACUUCCAGGAGGUGGAGAGCAAAAUAGACGGGUUCAAGACCUUCACCAAGAGGAUGGACGACAGCGCCCUGCAGCUCAACGCCACGGUCAGCGAGUUCGCCCGCAAGCAGAUCACCGGCUUCAAGAAGGAGUAUCAAAAAAUGGGGCUGUCGUUCAAGGCCCUGAGCCAGGCCUUCGAGAUGGACCAGCAGGCGUACUCUGGGGGGCUCAACCUGGCCAUCUCCUUCACUGGGGACGCAUACGAGGCCAUUGGAGACUGUUUCGCUGAGCAGCCGAGCAAGGAUCUCGACCCAAUCAUGGAUUUGUUAGCUCUUUACCAAGGACACUUGGCGAACUACCCAGAUAUCAUCCAUGUCCAGAAAGGAGCCCUGACAAAGGUGAAGGAGAGCCAAAAGCACGUGGAGGAGGGCAAGAUGGACCGGGCGCAGGCGGACGGCAUCAACGACCGCUGCAACAUCAUCUCGUGCGCCACGCUGGCCGAGAUCCAGCACUUCCACCACAUUCGCGUGCGAGACUUCAAGGCUCAGAUGCAGCACCACCUGCAGCAGCAGAUCGCCUUCUUCCAGAAAAUCACGGGCAAGCUAGAGGAGGCUCUGGAGAAGUACGACAACGCGUAGCGGAUCACUCGCCUUCAGCCGCACGGGCUCAGAGCUGGGUGAUGAAUGGCCGCCGGGCGCCUCCCUUUGCCAGCAGGCGGCGUUUUUGGCUAAAAACAGUCGGGGGGCCGCGCACCGCUGAGAGACGCUUAAACAGCAGGGAGGGACGUUGGAGGAGAUUUACGUUCCAGUAAUGAGGACAUUUAAGACGAAUCCAGGUUUCCAUGAGCGCUGGCCACAAUAUUUGGGCACUCGUUUAAGAGAGGACGUUGUACUUUAAUGAAGUCGGGCCAACUUUUAUUACAAACAAGAGUCGAAUUCUUUUAGGUUUAAUGAGAAUCAGUAAUAAUGACGGUGCACCAGUUGCUCUAGUGCGUGGGAAUAUUUUUAUCUAAUCAUUGUCCUGCAGAGAGAGAGAGACAGAUCUUGCACAUCUGAUGCGAGAUUUCCUUAUAUCAAGUGUUUCUAGCCUUACAGCAACACCGUUUUUAACUGACUGCCACUCCAAGGAGCAGCGGCGCUCCCGUGGGCUAACUCACUGCCUUCUGGAAACACUCAAGCCCUUCGCUGGUAUAUUUCUUUUUUUGACAAAACAGGACAAAAAUGUUUACAGUCUCCUCACUGAGCAGCCGCUGUCACCGCUCUCGCUGUGCCUUCUGAUUACGUCUCUUUGUUACUAAAAAGCUUUAUAUAUAUAUAUAUAUAUAUAUAUAUACACGGUUUCUGUAGGAAUAUAUUGUAUUUGUUUUUACAUAUUUUGCAGUCUUUGACGGAAAAAAAAAGGUUCACUGCUCUUUGAUCGAGAGCAGUGUCUCUUUUUUUUUUCAUGGGAAAUCAUAUUCUACACCCAGGAUUGACUUUAAACACUCAGCAGUGUGAUGAAAUCAGGAUACCCUGCUUUGGCACCGGUGCUUAUUUAGGAAUGCAGAAUAUUUAAGGGACGAGUUUGAAUGACACCGAUCUGUGCCGACAAAUCCUCGAUUUUCUGGCUUAUUUUGUUUUUGGGGGAGGGGCGGUUUUUCAUAGGCAGAGGAUGGAGGGUUCCUCACCUGUUCUAAUAAUACAGGCGUACUGGUGUUUUUAACCUUGGUGAUGCUGGUUGCAUCGUGGAGAGAUUAAUGUAGAAGCAGAGACACAGAAUAAAUUCUUCAGUCACUGAAACGCA